AUGGCUGAUAUCGCGUUGACAACUCCACCGCCCUUGGCAAAGCUUAGCUUCACGCCCAUAAUCAAGGACGACCUGAAGCCAGCACUUCCAACCAAGCCCGAAACCUUUAACCCAGACAAGCACCUCGCAUUCGUCCACGAUCCGAAGAAGCUGUCUCUCAAAGAUGUUUCGCUGCCCGAAGACGUCGAGAUUUCUCCAGUCGCCUGUUCAGAGCAGUUCCAUCUUUUCACGGAAGAGGCCAUACAGAACAUGAGACAAGAGAUCUUCACCACCGAGGUUUGGGAAAACUGCCUGCACAGUACCAGAUUUGCGCCGUGCCAGCUGCGUGGCCACUGCCCAAAGUACGCACCUUUUAUGAACCAAGCUUGGAAGAACCCGAAGACGUUGGCUGUCAUCUCGCAAGUCGCUGGAGAGAAGAAUCAGGAGAAGGCUGGAGACAACACCUCCGUGACCAAGUGGCAUUAUGAUGCUUUUCCUUUCGUGUGUGUUGUCAUGAUGAGUGAUGCGACAAACAUGGGAUCCGCAGUCAUCCCUCAAGGAAGAUAUGUCGAACAUCAAGCCCUUGCAGCCAUCGGCGGCGCGGAGCGUAUCACUAUGAUCACAUCUUUCCGUCCCCGGAAUCCUUGUGUCAAGGACGAUUCAGUCCUCACUUCUAUCAGACCGAUUUCUGAGCACUCGGAGCUAUACUACCAAUGGGCUAAGUACAGGGUUGAGGUGGUGCAGGAACGGCUCAAGACAUUUUUAAAGACUCUGGCCGAAGACAAUGAAGGAGAUAAGCCGACGAAUGUCAGAAGAAUUAAGGAAUUCUUGGCUCAACAACAGGACUACAUUGGGAUCACUAAUGAAGAAAUCGCGGAAACGCGAGGACCACACCUUACCUGGGAGGGAAGUUAG